CCUAGUGUCCAAAAUCCCAAACCCAAUUCCAAAUCCGCAGGCACAACAUACCCGUUCACAAAUCGUCGCCGGCCGCCUCGCCACCAGAAUCAUCGACCUAGCAGAUCGUUGCCGGCAGCCUCCCUCAGUCGCACACGACGCACAAUCUUGUCUGUCUUCUCGCCCACUCCGAAGUCGCAAUUCCCAGCCUCGCUUCGUCUUUCAAUCCCUCCCAAGUUUUGGUAUAGUUAAUGUGACAACUCAUGGGCACCGCAUCGGAGGAAGAAGAAUAUACCUCAUUCCUUGAGAAGGUAAAAAGGACAAUCUACGUCGACAACUUGGCACCUCAAGUGACCGAAUCAGUAUUGAAAGCUGCAUUCAAUCAGUUUGGAAAUGUGAUUAGUAUUCAGAUCACACCCGACUAUCUUGAGUCGAAAAGAAUGCCUCGUUCGGCUUUGGUGGAGAUGGAAACCCCCAAGCAGGUUAAAGAAAUUGUGUUUCAGAUGGCAAAUUUCCCAUUCAUGAUAUCUGGAAUGCCCCGGCCAGUCAGAGCCUACCCUGCAAAAGUGGAGAUGUUUGACAACCGUCCAAGGAAACCAGGCAGGAAAAUAGAGUGUCGAUGGUUGGACCCAAAAGAAGCCGAGUUUGAGGUUGCCCAGAAAAUCAAGCACACUGUGAGAAGACAUGCUGCAGAAGCAUCACUAGUGCUUGAGCAACAACGGGUGGAGGAAGAAAAGCUUGCAAACCAACAGAGUGAAAUGUUGAAAUCUCAUUACAAGAAGUUUGAGCUUCUGGAAGGCGUCUUUGACGACGGGACUGCUAAACAUUUAGCGCGCCAUUACAACAUGCCAAUGUCCGAUGCCUGAGAUUCUGCGUGGGAAUAAAAGGAAUCCGCAGCCGCUGCCUGAAAGUGUUAAAUCUCGGCCGAACCUAAUACUUUGCAAACCAGGUCUGACGGAAAAGUCAACGCUAUGCGAACCAUGUUUGGUAGGUGACCUGAGGCGUCGGAGGUUUGAAUUGAAUUUUUUUUGAGUGAAUAGACAGUAUAUUUAUUAUAUAAUAUUUAUAUAAUUAAUACACUAUAUGUUAAAUUUAUAAAAGAGAGGAAAAUUCAAAUAUAUUUAUUUAUUAAUAAAUAAAAAUAAAAUAUUAAAAUGAAUUA